AUGCCUUCUCUCGAGACAAACGGCUCGAAUGGGCAAUCCGCCUUCCAAUUCUACAACGUUAUCGAUGGAAAGCUCCGCACCUCCAAGGAUAGCCACCAGGUCAUCGAUCCCCGUACAGAAGAGCCUCUUUGGGAUGCCCCUAUCGCGUCGUCGAAAGAUUUGGAUGAUACCGUAGAGGCGGCAAACCGGGCUUUUAAGACGUGGAGGAAGAGCACCGUGGCCGAGCGCCAGAAGGCUGUUCAUGACGUAGCCAAUGUUAUUCUCGAGAACGUGGAUAUCUUAACCGAGGUCCAGAUGAGGGAAACUGGAAAGUCUAGGUUCAUGUCAAAAGCCGAUGUCGAGAGGGCCGCCUGGCAUUUUGAAUAUUACAAAACGGUGACCCUUGAGGACGAGGUCCAGUAUGAAGACGACACCGUUCGGAUUGUUGCAACCCACGCGCCGAUCGGUGUGCUCGGUGCGAUCUCGCCUUGGAACUUCCCCCUAAUCUUGUCGACCGUGAAGAUUGUCUCCGCGCUUGCCACCGGCAACUGUUGUAUUAUCAAGCCGUCACCGUUUACACCGUACGCACUGCUCAAAUUCUGCGAGCUGUCACAGUCGGUCCUGCCGCCGGGCGUUUUCCAGGCUAUCAACGGCGGCGCGGAUCUAGGCGAGCAGAUGACGCUGCACCCGGGGAUCCACCACAUCAGCUUCACCGGCACCAUCGCCGUCGGCCAGCGCAUCCUGCGCAACUGCGCCGGAACCCUGAAGAAGGUCAUCCUCGAGCUCGCCGGCAACGACGCGUGCAUCGUGUGCGACGACGUCGACCUCGACAAGGUCGUGCCCGAGAUCACGAUGGGCGCCCUGUACCACGCGGGCCAGGUCUGCGUCGCGUCCAAGCGCCUCUACGUCCACGAGUCCCUGUACGACCGCUUCCUCGCGAAGCUCGUCGAGGAGUCGAAGAAGUUCGCCGUCGACGACGACCAGUCCGUCGCUUUCGCCCCCCUGUCCAACCGCGCUAACUACGAGCGCGCCGUGCGCAUCCUGGAAGACUGCAAGAAGAACGGGUACAAGAUCGUCGCGGGCGGCGAUAUCGAGCCGGCUAGGAAGGGCUUCUGGAUGCCCCCGACCAUUGUAGCGAAGCCUCCCGAGGACUCCCUGAUCGUCAGGGAGGAGCAGUUCGCCCCCAUAGUUCCCGUCAUGUCCUGGUCCUCCGAAGACGACGUGAUCGCCCGCGCGAAUCUGGACAACGCCGGCCUAGGCGCAUCGGUAUACACGCCGGAUCUGGACCGUGCUCAACGCAUCGCGCGGCAGCUCGAGUCCGGGACCGUCUGGAUCAACCAGUUCGAGAGGCCGCAUCACGCCGGCUUCUUCGCCGGCUGGAAGCUCAGUGGUUUUGGCGGGGAACUCGGAAAGCAGGGCCUCCUGCAUUAUUGCCAUACGCAGACCCUGCAGAUCGCUAAGUAG